CAGCAGCUCAUAUCGUAUAAACAAUGGCAGCUCUGGAUGGUCCAGUGCAGCUGUGCACGACCCUGGGCUGCACCAACAAGGCCACCCUUCAGUGCCCCACCUGUGUCAAGCAAGGACUCGAGGGGUCAUACUUCUGUAACCAAGAGUGCUUCAAAAACUACUGGAAAGAACACAAAGCUGUACACAAGAAGAAAACCCCAUCCAAACCCAGCACGUACAAUCCCUGGCCUGGCUUCACCUUCUCUGGGCCACUGCGUCCUUAUCCACUCAGUCCUCCUCGAGUAAUCCCAGAGCAUAUCGGCAAACCAGACUAUUCAGACACUGGCGUGCCCACUAGUGAGAGGGAGGCUAAGAAGUCAUUGUCCAUUCAACAGCUAUCUCCGGACGAGAUCAAAGAGAUGAGAAUAGCUUGCAGACUUGGUCGAGAGGUACUGGAUAUUGCUGGCCGUGCUGUUCGCCCCGGAGUGACUACUGAUGAAGUGGACAGACUGGUGCACGAGGCGUGUAUAGAGAGAGACUGCUAUCCAUCUCCCCUCAACUAUUACAACUUCCCCAAAUCAUGCUGCACAUCUGUAAAUGAGGUGAUAUGCCACGGUAUACCUGAUGGUAGAGAGUUGGUCAACGGAGACAUUUGCAACGUUGAUAUCACAGUCUAUCACAAUGGUUUCCACGGCGACCUUAACGAGACAUUCUUUGUGGGGGAGGUGGACGAUGCUAACAAGAAGCUUGUGCAGACAGCACAUGAGUGCAUGAUGAAGGGGAUAGCCAUCGUUCACCCGGGAGAAAAGUAUCGCAACAUUGGCAAUGAGAUACAGAAACACGCCCAAACCAACGGAUUCUCUGUAGUGAGGACAUACUGCGGCCACGGCAUCAACCAGAUCUUCCAUGCUCUGCCUAAUGUCCCUCACUAUUCAAAGAACAAGGCCGUGGGUGUCAUGAAGCCAGGGCACACGUUCACCAUAGAGCCAAUGAUCAGUGAAGGCACUUGGAGAGAUGUCACCUGGCCUGACAACUGGACUGCAGCUACCGUGGAUGGCAAGAGGUCUGCACAGUUUGAACACACUCUACUGGUAACUGAGACAGGUUGUGAGAUCCUCACUCAACGAACUGAAGCAGAGGGCAAGCCACACUUCCUGACUCCCUAGCCAGCCAUGCAGCCAUACUCUCUCUCUGUGUGUGUUCCUCUGUUGACUUACUUAUAUACAUGUAUUGUCGAAUCAAAAUUUAAUAUUAAAUGACAACAUUAAA